UCCACCACCAUUAUCACAAUCGUCGUCGUCAUCAUCAUUGGCAAUCACACCAUUAUCAUCAUCAACAUCAUCAUCAGCAGCAUCAUCAUCAUCAUCAUCAACAACAACAUCAUUAUCAUCAUUAGGCAUACCAACAACACAAUCUUCAUCCUCAUUACCAUCUACAUCGUUUUCAUUUCAAAGUGUUACUGACACUGUCUUUAACACAUUGUAUUUUACUACGCAAGUUGAAACAGUUGAUACUAGUGGCCAAGAAACCUUAAUAAAUGACCAGGAAAAAGUUGACCAGCUGUCAACUGACCAACAGCUUACUGAUGUAUAUCACUCACCAGAUCCACAACCAACUGGUUUUAUUGAUAGACAACCACAGGAUGAGCAUUACACUUACCAUCAACAGAAUGGAAAAAAUCAAACAAAUGCAGGUUCAACAGCUCAACGACCACCAAUGGAACAAACGACAACUAAUCGACGGCUAACUAAGCAGAAUCAGGAUUCAUCCAGACAACAACCAACUCACCAGCCAACAAUAAACAUUACGUUUUUUGAGCAGCUAUCAACUGAAGUGACUGUUGAUAGUGAACAGUUUUCUACUACAGCAGAGAGUAGAGAUUCAAGAUUGCAAACUGAAAAUGUUGAUCUUACAUCACUUCCAACUGAACAAAACGAAGUAUCAACUACAAGCAAUCCAUAUGGAACGACGGAAGAUGAUUUAUACAACCCCACUUCACUCUAUAACCUUAUGACAUCACGUCCUGCAGUUGGAUCCAAACAUGCUAACAUCACUGGUACCGCCGUUGUUACCAUAGUGAUAAUAUGUUUCUGUAUAUUAGGAGGUUUAUCAUUCAUUGCCGUUAUCACCAUCAUCAUUAUCAAAAGGAAACAGGUUGAUAAAUCGGCUACUACUAACCAUCAUUUUUCAAAUGCUCGUGGAUUAGACUUCGAAAACCCAGCAUAUAAAAUAUAUGAUUUACAAAACUUAGAUAAAGAGUAUGGUGUGUCAAGAACGGAAGACGGUCUUCCCAACUUUAAAGACAGCAAGUUGUGAAACGUAAUCAAGAAAUGAUAGUAUAUCAUCAGCUUUAUAUACAGGGCAUGAAUUAUUUUAAACAUCUUUUUUAGUGUUAUAUCCUCAAUUCUAAUAAUUCUAUUUCUACAUAAUCAUAAAGUACAUAAUAUAAUUAUGAUAUAGCUACAAAAUUAAUAAAAUAUAGAAACCCCUGAAAACAUUAAUAUGUCCUUUAAAAUAAUCUAUCGAUUAAUUUAUUAACCUCUAAUGAUAAACAAAGUUAUUUUUCCCCAUAUAGGCCUACAAGCCAUCAUAAAUGCAAAAAAUGAUCACCAGCCAUUAAGGAACCUCAACAGCCCAUACUAAAGAUUAGGAACAUUUUUAAAUAGGACGGAGUAAGCAAUCUUAAUUAUUAUUGA